AUGUCGGCCUUCGAUGGGAUCGGCCUUUCGUCAAGUAUUCACUUCGAUAUCUACAUCGACGACGCGCCCUUGAGCAAGACGGGCACCUUCCGCCAAGUCACGCAAGGUAUUCUUGCUGGUGCCCGAUCGCUGCAUUCUGCUAUCACGUCGUCUCUCACAUGCAAGCUGGCCAUGGAUAAGAUCGGAGUGGUCACUUGUCAUAGGUCGGUCGCUGAGGUUAUCCAUGAGCAGCUAGGCCCCCUUGCGGCGGGGCAAGCUAAGGCCGGCGUAAGCAACCUAGGCAUCGACGCUGCCGCUGGGAAAGCUGCGCGCGCGGUCAAGGACGGGACGUCGCUCUAUCGGACUGGCUGGUCGACGGACAACUCCUGCACCAUCGCGGACGAUUUCGGCCGAGAAGUCCCGCUUGCGUUGAACUCCCUUAGAAUGGUCCAGUACUUGUGCAAGGAGUCGGUGAGAGGGGUGGAGAUCAGGAGGCUGGUCAAAAUCGGGCAGCUGGUGCAGGCCGUGCUGCGGUGGAGGUACCAGAGGAUGGAAUGGCGGGAGGCCCACGGCCGGGAUCCCGGUGCGCUCGACGCGGCCGUGGAGCCGCACCUCGAGCUGGGCUUCUGCCGGGAGAAGAACAACCUUCUCCUCCGGCUGGUCGAAGGCCGCGGCGGCCCCGCGGAGUGCCCGCGGUACUACCGCGAGCGCCCCGAGGCCGACCGCGGCGGCGCCCCGCGCAGGCCGCCCGAGGAAGCCUGCGCCGCGCAGCGCGCGCGGGACGAGCUGGCGGACACCGCUGGCGCGGCGGAUCCGGAGGGCUGCCUCGCGGGCGCGCGUGGGCGCGGCAGGUCGCCGAGCUGCAGGGGCAGGGCGAGGUCCCUGGCGGGCGAGCCGGAGGGCUCGGUGGAGCCGUUCCGCAGCCGCAGUGAGCCCCCCCUCGGCCGGCGGGUGCCCGACCUGUACGACGACCCCUUCGAGCCGCCGCCGCAGGAGCUCUGGAGCACCCACGCGGCCGCGCCGCCGGUGCCGUUCGCGAGCGCAGGGUACGCCGCCCUCGCCGGGCCCGGCGCCGCCGCGCCGCCGCCCUGCCCGCUCUUCCUGGGCGUGCUGGUGCCCGCCGCGCUCCUCGCGGCGCCGACCCCCGCGCGCCUCGCGGCCGGCACCCGCGGCGACGCGGCGGCGUGCAAGGCCAGCUCGGCGCCUGCGUCACCAAGGCCGCGGCCGGUCCUGGGCGCCCAGGGCGCCCCGGGCGCUCGGGGCGCCUAG